UGAAGUGACUUUAAGCAGCACCUUCCUUGAGAAGGAGAGGCAGCCCCAUCUCUUGCCUGCAGCCAUACAGGCGGUAGGCAGCUUUUCUCUUCACUCUUCCUGGCAAGAAACAAUCAUCAGAAGACAGAUCUCCUAAAGGAGAGGGAAAUCGUCAGCGCUGGGAUCAGAUAAGAGAGGGAGGAAGCAGCUGAAGACUGAGCCGUGUGGUGCCAGGCUGCCGAGAAGUUCCAUUAGACACAAGACACUGAGGAUUCAUCUCAAGGUUCUUCGAGAAAGUGACAGCAGGAGGCGGAUUUGGUGCAGUCUAAGCACUAAGGCAGGCUGAGGACUGAGCCUAAUCAUUAAAGUCCCUUCUAGCUAGCACCCUAUGAGCAGGAGGAUGCUACCUUCGAACUUUAUUGUGCUUGCGAUCGUCUUUGUAGGACCACUCGCCGGUGCGCAGAAGUUCUCAGCCCUGACGUUUCUAAGAGUGGAUCAAGACAAGGACAAAGAAUGUAAUUUGGAUUGUGCAGGCUCUCCUUCCAAACUUCUGUGUGCAUCCGAUGGCAGAACGUUCCUUUCCAGGUGUGAGUUUCAACGAGCUAAAUGUAAAGAUUCUCAGUUGGAGAUUGCAUACAGAGGAAAUUGUAAAGAUGUUUCCAGAUGUGUUGCAGAGAGGAAAUACACUCAAGAACAAGCCCGCAAAGAAUUUCAGCAAGUGUUUAUCCCAGAGUGCAAUGAUGAUGGCACAUACAGUGAGGUACAGUGUCACAGUUACACAGGAUACUGUUGGUGUGUAUCUCCAAAUGGUCGGCCACUCAGUGGGACUGCAGUUGUACACAAAACUCCUCGGUGUCCAGGAUCACUAACAGAAAAAGUUUCCCAGAGAGAAGGGACAGGAAAAGCAGAUGAUGUGUCUGUUGUGUUAGAAACACAACCUCAAGGAGAUGAAGAAGAUUUUGCAUCUCGCUAUCCUACAUUAUGGACGGAGCAAGUUAAAAGUAGACAAAAUAGAACCCACAGAAAUUCAGUAUCAUCUUGUGAUCAAGAGCAUCAGUCUGCACUAGAAGAAGCCAGACAACCAAAGAAUGACAAUGUAUUCAUUCCAGAAUGUGCACAUGGAGGGUUAUACAAGCCCAUACAAUGCCACCCAUCAACAGGAUACUGCUGGUGUGUCCUUGUGGAUACUGGACGACCUAUACCUGGCACAUCCACAAGGUAUGAACAACCAAAGUGUGACAAUGGAGCGAGAGCCCAUCCAACCAAAACAAAAGAUAUGUAUAAAGGAAGACAAAUUCAAGGUUGUCCUGGAGCAAAAAAGAAUGAAUUCCUUACAAGUGUAUUGGAUGCAUUAACUACAGAUAUGGUACAUGCGGUUUCUGACUUAACAUCCUCUUCCAGCAGGGUUUCAGAACCGGAUCCAAACCAUACUUUGGAAGAAAGAGUUGUACACUGGUACUUCAAGCAACUCGAUAAAAAUUCAAGUGGGGACAUUGGAAAGAAGGAAAUUAAGCCAUUCAAGAGAUUGUUACGGAAAAAAUCGAAGCCCAAAAAAUGUGUGAAAAAGUUUGUUGAAUACUGUGAUGUGAAUAAUGACAAGUCUUUAUCUGUCCAUGAAUUAAUGGGAUGUCUUGGUGUUACAAAAGAUGAAGGCGCAACUCCUAAAGGUAUUGGAGAGAAUCCCUCAUCUUAUAAACAGAUCUCCAGAAAACAAGGAUGAAUAAGCUUUAAGACCGUCAACAAUCUUAUUUGAGAAGCUGAUGCUCAAUGCCAUGUAGGCAGUGAUACAGAAAUAGUAUUUGCACUUUGUACUUUAAAUGUAAAAUCACUUUGUAGAAUUGUGAUAUUUAAGCAGACUUUUGAAUCUGUGAAACAUAAUGAACUUGUGGAAAUUUACACAUACAAUGUAUGUGCCUGGCACUCUAGCUAUAAUAGAUGUAAACGGUUGGCAUUUUCUCUUUAUUCUUUUCCUCUUUUUGAAUGUAGGUAGAUGCUUUGUAGGUGAAUGUUCAUGUAUCAUGACUCAUUUUUUUUAGCACAUUAUAUCCUUUAGCUGUUUUUUGUUAUGUGCUGUGUUCACUAUCCUUGAAUGAUGUUUUUAAUAGUUGUCUUUUAAAUAUGUUUUUAUUUUGCAUAUUUUUUAAUUGUGCUGAUCAAAACAAUGUAUUUGUUUUUCUGUUGAUGAUUUGACAGUUUUCAACCACAAAGUUAAUGAGCUUAGGACUCUUAGGGCCCGUUUACAUGGUGGAAUUAUCUGUCAGAAUUUUUGGCAUGGACACCACGCCAACAUUCCGGCGGUGGUCGUGUGGUUUCUGCCUCCAAUUGGGUGUCCACUUACUUAUUAGCUCCAUUCAAUGGCGCUAAGCCACAAGCAAGCCUGCAACUUCCAAAGUGCGCUUACACCGUUUUUUGCCACUGUAUAUGUGGCAGAUUUUGCCAGUGUCACAAUCUGAAAUGUGAACAGGCCUUUAUUCUUUUUACAUUUCGUGCAUUACCUGAUGUGUUUAUAGAAAUAGUAACACAAAGAGAAGCUUUCCAAUAAUUGACUAAUUCAUCCACGCCUCUAGGCACACAGUCUUUGUCAUACAAUCAUUAAAGAUUUGUUUUGUGUUGUGAGACUAAUAAGCCUAAAAGAAGACUGUCAAAACAAAAUCUUUUCAUUACACCUGGCUCAGAUUUCAUGUACCCAUUCAUUCCUCCUCCUCCCAGUGCCUGGGGGUCAGCAUAUAGCAAAUGCUAUCACCUGAACAAAUUAUAAACAUUUGCCUUCAGGAGGAGCAAAGUGUGUAAGUAUUGCCUUGAGCAUUCUCCUUACCAUCUGGGAGAUGUUUGAACAGGCAUUAAUGCAUUCCCCUUAAUUCUCUUUGAGGUGCCUUAAGGAACAAAUUAUUUGCAGAUGUGAACUUUAUAGCCCCAGUGCAUAAAACACUUUUCAAGAAUUUGGACUUUAAUAAAUUAUAUUCAUCUGUUGCAACCUCCACCUCAGAGCACACAGUUCAUAGACACUGAAAAACUGCAACAUUUUUUAGAUUUCAUUUUACUAUGGCAAAAACGCAGAAACUGACUCACAUAUGGUUUUCAACAGCCAAUAAAUAGCAGGGCAGGCUUUUUUCAUAUUUUCAUUACACACACUCUAGACACAGUCUUGUUUUUUACAGUGUUUUUAGCUUUAUAACUAUGCAACUUAGUAGCAGAUUACAAAUGCUAUACUUUAUAUAGGCACGGCACAGUGAAUGUUAUGAAGAUAUGUGCUAUUAUGGUUUGCUCUAGAUAUAUCUAUGAUUACCCAGACUCAUGUAGUAUGAAUACUAUAUGGCUGCAUUGAAGCAUGGUUAGAUCACAGAUAGACAAGAACAUACAGAACCCAUUUAAAUGCAUUUACAAAUCCAGUAUUAUCAUAUUGUUAAUGAAGUGCUUCCUUUUAUAUAUAUAUAUAUAUAUAUAUAUAUAUAUAUAUAUACAUAUAUGAAAGGACAGAGGACAUGAGUACUUGACACUCUGAAGUGCUCCCAUGGGCUUUCAGAUCUGUGCCUCCGCAUCAGACAUGGUCUCAUCUUUUGCUGUAUCUUGCGGAUCACAGACCCAUUCAGGUUAAAGGGUCCGCAUCCACAGCACGGAGUGCACACAGCUGGUGCCCGUGCUGCAGACCGCAAAUAGAGGUCGGCAAUGCGCGGGCACCAGCUGUGUGCACUCUGUGCUGUGGAUGCGGACCCUUUGAAUUGAAUGGGUCAGUGAUCCGCAAGAUACAGAGCCCUUACAUUUGUGUGUGUAAACCGAAUUACACUCACAUCACAUGUAAUAUUAAAGGGAUUUUCUGGAAUUUUAAUAUUGAUGACCUAUUUUCAGGAUAGAUCAUCAGUAUCAGAUCGGCACCCCCGCCUAUCAGCUGGUUGAAGAGAAGGCCAUACUACGUGCAAGCGCAGCCUUCCCUUCUUUGUUUAUCUGCUCACCGUUGACAUCACAGUGGUAAGCAGGUGUAACUACAAGCCUUCCCAUUCUCCUUAACCAGCUGAUCAGCGGGGGUGUUGGAUCCCUGCCGUUCUGAUAUUGAUGACCUGUCCUAAGGAUAGGUCAUCAAUAUUAAAAUCCUGGAAAACCCCUUUAAGGUGCACCACUUAAUAAAUUUGGUGCAGGCACCCUAGCAAAGCCAGACAUAAAACUGACACAAAAACAACCUUAAAUGAAAAAUGACCACCUAUAUACUUAAUAAACUGUUGUGCAUAUCUGUACAACAAAGUAAAUUAAUGCACUCACGUAUGCCUUACUUUCCGUAUACCUUAUUACAUUCUUGCACAAGAGGUGCUCCACUCUUUCUUUAUUUUAUGCAUGAUCCAUUUCAAAUUUGCACCAUCGGUCAAUUUUGCUGUGCAUGCUGUUCAUUCACACGACCAAUUUUUGGGUUCACUUCAACGGGGCCACAAUACAUGGGGACAGCACUCCUUGUGCUGUCUGCAUCCAUCACUCCUUUCUGUUGCCCAGCAAAAAAAAAAAAAAUAGAACAUUUUUGUCCAUUUUGCAAACAAGAAUAUAUAUUUCUGUAAAUUACAGAAUGCA